UCAGCCGCUCGUCCACUUCUUUCAUUAACAUUUACAGCACAGCCAGAAGUUGUGUCUUUGUGAUCUACUUGAUUUCACAGUUUUCCAGUUCUCUUAAAGCUACAAGAAACUCCUGUAAAAGAAAAUGCUGCCUGCAACCUUCAAACUGUGUGCUGGCAUCUCCUACCGGCACAUGAGAAACAUGACAGGUUUGAGGAAGAACGCCAUGGUGGCCAUUCACCAUGAGCUGACCAGACUGGCAGGUCCAAGCCCCAGUAACUGGAUCAGCCAAGUCCGCAGACGAAGCUCCCUUCUCAGUUCUCGGAUUAAAGAGGAAGAAGUAUACAGUGAGGAGGAGGUGUCUUAUGUGAAGCAAGGUGAGGAUGCACUGCAGAAGGCCAUCAGCAUCCUCAGCGAGCAGGACGGCUGGACCAUUGAGACUGUAGCUGCAAACGGAGACAAAGUCCUGAGUAAGGUGUUGCCUGACAUUGGGAAGGUGUUCAAGCUCGAAGUAAUGCUGGAGCAACGUCCUGACAAUCUUUAUGAAGAGCUGGUGGGGAACAUGGAGCAAAUGGGGGAAUGGAACCCUAAUGUCAAACAAGUCAAGAUCCUACAAAAGAUCGGCCAGGACACAAUGGUUACCCACGAGGUGUCUGCAGAGACACCUGGCAAUGUGGUGGGACCAAGGGACUUUGUCAGUGUCCGUUGUGCCAAACGCCGAGGCUCCACCUGCUUCCUGGCUGGGAUGUCCACUCAGCAUCCAAAAAUGCCCGAGCAGAGGGGUGUAGUCAGAGCAGAGAAUGGGCCCACCUGUAUAGUAAUGAAGCCCUGCCCUGAAGACCCAAAUAAGACCAAGUUCACCUGGUUACUAAGUAUUGAUCUAAAGGGCUGGAUCCCAAAGACAAUCAUAAACAAAGUGCUCUCUCAGACGCAGGUGGACUUUGCCAACCACCUCAGGCAAAGGAUGGCUAAUAAUGUUUCUAUGGAGAUGGCUCAUGCCUGCUGACACAAGAUGCCUCUUGAGCUUUGGCACAGUGCGCUCAACAGUGGCAGAAGAGCAACCCCUGCUCAUUAAAAUAUCAUGUAAAUCUGCUUAUAACUGCUGAAAAGAAGAAACAAAAAAGAAAAUCCAGGGAGUAUUAAGGAGAUGAGAUGAAGAUGAUGCUUGUCUGAGGUCUUAGGAAAAUCUGAAGCACAAAUAUUGGCUUUAUUUGGCAAAUGUGUUUUUCUUGCCCCCAUGAAUAGAAAAUCUGUCAUGAGAUUUUGCAUCACUGACACCAAUCUUACACAUUGUGUGCCUUGAUUGUUUCUGACAUAUUCAUCCACUUCACUCUGCUCCACCUUGGCAGACACACUGAGCCAGUGUGAGCAGUAAAACUUGUAACACAAACGGCGCAUUGUUUCCUUCUGAUAACACCCCCAGUUACUGUCCCUCCCUGUGCUGUAAAA